CUAUUCGUGCGCUCAAAGCCGUUGCCCUCACGGUAAAUCAAACCGCGCGGUGAGUACUGUGUCGAUACUUGGAGCUAGCUGCAGCCACACUAAAAAUAACUGCAGUUCAGGUUUUCAUUUCAUGCGCAAGUCUUGACCAGAAGAAAUUGAUAUUUAGAAGUAGAGCGCACCACACCGCGAUGACAGUUGUGGAAGCGCGGUGCUCACGUACUGUGUACGUUUGGGUGUGACGAAUGUCUUCAGUCACCCCCCUCCAAAAUGUUGGCUUCCUUAGACUGAAUCAGAGUUGAUUUGAGUGAGCAUUUGAAGAUUUUUCUUGUGGAUGGAAAGUAGCACCUCCGUUUUGAUUAAAGUUGAAUUGCAAAUCAAUGUUUGGAUCUUUUGUUCAUAAUUUCACCCACUCCCGUCUCGAGGUUGUGAUUUGUUGACAACCUUCAGUUGUGGUUUCUGAUGUAACAUUUUUGGGGAGUUUUUUUUCUUUUCUGGGUGACUGAGCUCCAAAUGCAUUCACUGCUGGAUCGGAAGAAGAAAGAAGCCGGGGUUGGGAUAGAUCUGUCUCCGAGCUCACUGCCCCAAGCUCCGAGGAUGUUCAGCUGUGUGGGCUGCUUCUGGGUGCUCUUAUCGUCGGCUCUGGUCGCAAUUUGCAGUUUUAGUUUUAUCUCUCCGGCAUGGAUUGUAAAGGAUCACCUGAAAAAUAAAGACUCUGUGAGCUUCGGGUUACUCUGGCACUGUUCCGAGUCCCUGGACCAUAUGUACAGAUGUUACACAUUUGGAGGGCUUGGAAAAUUCGCUGAAAUUCCCUCCAGCUCCUGGCAGACGAGCGCGGUGCUCUGUUCCGGGGGCUGCGCCCUGCUGGCCGUCAGCUCCCUGCUGGCCAUCAUCACCAUCUUCCUCCCCAGCGGAGCCUGCGAGCGGCGGAUCUGCACACUGGCCGGGUACAUGCAGAUGGCGGCGGUGGUCAUCAUGGCGUCUGGAUUGCUGGUGUACCCGUUCGGACUCAACUCCACCCUGGUGAAGUCCUUCUGUGGAGAUUCGUCCAUCUACUAUGCGGGAGAGUGUCAGAUUGGCUGGGGCUACAUGCUGGCCAUUGUGGGAGUCAUGCUCACCCUCUUCCUGCCCUUCUUUGCCAAAUAUGCACCCAAGGAGCACAUAUCUCCUACCCCGCUGCCCACCAUUUUAUAGUGAUGCUAACCUCCCUUCCCACCCCUGUCAAAAACUCAUGGGAGAAACUACUUUGCCCCUUUUGUCGGUGACUGUUUAGAACACAGGCCCAUAAAUUACCCAGAGUAUAUGUGCUGUCUUCUCUCAAUGAAAAACCUCUCUCCACAUUAUUUACAUUACUGGAUAAAAUGGAUUUGUGUCUGUAUACCAUGAAACCUCUAUCCAUUGUUUUACCAUUUAAAAACAGAACCAUCAAUUGUUAUUUUUGUACUUUCUUUUUCUAUGAAUAUACAGCUCUGAUAACAUUUCAUGAUAUGAUAACAUCAUUACUUAACAUGCAGAGAUUCACAGCGGACGACAAACCAUAACUGAUCAAUAUCUGGAUGUGCACUGUACCCACCCCUUGAGCAGUAUAUAAGAAACAUUUCUAACAUUGGCUUUUAGUUUAGUUAAGUUUAAGGACUUACACCUUUGUAUGAAUAGGACCACAACAGUGGCUGUCAUGCCAAUUAAAAUGAGUGGAUAAUAAAUCUAACAUUCCAAAAUGACUUCUGCUAUCAGGGAACUUGUGCAGGCAAGGUGAAGUGGAAAGGGAAAAACCUAUUUUUCAGGGGCAUUUUAUAACUCACAAAAAGGAAUAAAAA